AUGCUCCGAAGUUUGCGGCAAAUAUCCAGACUAGGAAGAUGCCUAAAAACACCACUCCCGGCCAGCAGUCUGCUUAAACCAGCAACCGAAUCCACGGCAAUCUCGGCCAGACUGCAGGCGCCGCUCCAUACCAGCGGCCCAGCGUGGAAAUAUGAUAAGAAAUCUUCGCGAGCGGCGGAUGAUUUGGACAGCGAUGAUGAGGACGAUGAGGAUUUCAAGGACGAGCGGGACUCAAAGGUGGUCAAGACCAAGGUGAACUCGCUGCGCGCGGAUCUGCUACUGAAAGCGGGUCUUGGAAUGGCCAGAAACAAGGUGGAGCUGAAUUUCUACGAGAGCAAGAUCCGCGUCAACGGGAAAAAGCUACAAAAGAAGAGUGCCCAGCUUGAAAUCGGCGAUGAGAUCGAUGUGAUAAGAGGUUUCAGUCAGGCGAAUCCCUCCCACCUUGUGGUGGCCCGCGUCUCAAUCCUCUCCGCCAGCGAACGCGAGGAGGGACUCAGUGUGCAUCUGCGGCGCUACAAGUCAUUGCUGGUGGAGAAUUACCGCGGCGCCAACGCCUUUAAAUCCUCGGAGCAUGUGGCCCACUAGGACUGAACAGGUGCUCCUUCUGAGGAAUGGUUUAAUUUUAUGAUUAGAAAUAUAUUCAAAUUGUUAAUGGC